AUGGAUGUGUGGAAGAAUGAGUAUGGGUGUGUUAAUCAUGCCCAAGUUUCUGAUUUCCUGAGUGGCCAGCGUAUGGUAGCUGAUGAUGUGGUUGAUGUCUUCUGCCUCAUGCUGAAUGAAUCUUUGAGGAAGACACCGUCGGUGUACAAGAGGCGGGGCAUUGCCACAAGACCACAAGCUUUUCAAUUAUCGAAAUUAAAGGAUGAUAACAAGAGUUUAAUAAAUUUGAUGAACAAUCCCUUGAGUGUCUAUGAUCAAGUGGAGGUGGUCCUUAUUCCAAUAAUUGUUGAUAAUCACUACCAUCUCCUUGUCCUUGACAAGGAGAAGAAGGAAUAUCUGCACUUCUCAUCCAUCUCUAAAAAAACAUAUAAUGAUGCUGCCAAAAAAAUGGAGGUUAAGGAGAAGGAGGAGGAGGAGGAGGAGGAGAAGCAAGAGGAUGAGGUUGAGGUGGUUAUGAAGGAGAAGGAAGGUGAGAAGGAGGUUGAGGAGGAGAAGGAAGAGGAGCUGAAGGUUGAUGAGGAGAAGGAAGAGGAGAAGGAGGUUGAAGAGGAGCAGGAGGUAGAGGAUCAGCAGUGCACUCAUUUGAUGGAUAAAAUGCAGUUGGGUCCUCAAAAAAUAGAAGAAAAGAAGAUGAACUGGAAGCAGGAAAAAAUAGAGGAUCACAACGAAUUGUCUGUGUCACAGUCAGAAAGCUGUGUCAAUCCUAAUGAGGAAACACUGGACAAAACAAAGAAUGAGCAAGACAAAGUCGAUCAUGGCUCAUUGAAGCAGAAGUUUCUCAUUUUUGAUGUUAAUGGGGUGUUAGCUAAAACUGAACACAAAUAUGUGACACCAAGACCUUUUGUUGAAGAUUUUCUAGAAUUUUGCUUUGAACACUAUGAAGUUGCCAUUUGGUCAUCAAAGAAGCCGUAA